ACUCAACCUGUGAAAGCCGCGAUGAACAGCUGAUCCUCCCGCAGUGGAUAAAAAAAAAAGAACCCAGUCGCCAUGGUCAUGAUUUCUCAUCCUACGCGUGGCACUAUGUGAACAGUUAUUGGAGAAGUAGACUGAGGAAAACAACUUUUUCUUUUUUGGAGUUCUGAUUAUUAUUUUUUUGGACCUGUUGAUCAUCAGUGUGACACCCGGACACACACACACACACACACACACACACACGUCUACCUGCCGCUCCCUGCGCUGCGCUCACCGACCACCAAUUAUGUUAUUGUCAAGUUUUCUUCUUUUCUUUUCUCACUUUUUGGCGCCGCUGUUUCUCUGUUACUUGCCGCAAGUGACCGCACAGAAGCCGGGCUCAUCACGGUGGCUGAUCGGAGACAGAGACAGUCACUGUGGCGUCAUCUGCUCGCGGACGCAGGGGAGGCCGGUGUGCGGCUCGGACGGGCGGAGCUAUGAGACCGGCUGUGAGCUGCAGAGGGCGCGCUGCAAGGAUAAAACACUGACACUGGCACACCGCGGCCGGUGUCGAGGUAAGAACUGGGUUAAAAUCGAUCAGUUGCCGGUGGCUCCAUCAGCGACUUCCUCGUCUGAGGGGAGAGACCUGGAGCUCAAAGAUGCGGGUCAGUCCAAGUGUCGUGUUGAGAGGAACCAGGCUUUGGAACAAGCCCGGAGACCACAGGAGUCCAUGUUUAUCCCAGAAUGCAACGAGGAUGGAACGUUUGCUCAGGUCCAGUGUCACACUCUGACAGGCUACUGCUGGUGUGUCACAAGUGACGGCAAGCCAGUGAGCGGCUCCUCUGUGCACAACAGGACCCCGGUGUGUUCAGGAAACUUCCGUGAAUUUAUGGGAACUCAUGCUGGGACGAGUGGACUGUCAGGGUCAGUAACCGAUAAACCACCUGGGCCACCGAACUCUGGUAGAAAAGUCUCUUUCCGUUUCUUUCUCACCCUCAACCCAGAUGAUGGCUCGAAGCCCACACCCACUAUGGAGACUCACGUCCCCCCUGAGGGUGAUGAGAUUACCGCUCCAACGCUGUGGAUAAAACAGCUGCCUAAUAAAGAAAACAAGCAGAACAGCUCCACUUCCAGGAAGCAAGAGAAAGUUCCCUCUUGUGACCAGGAGCGACAGAGCGCACUGGACGAGGCUCGGCAGAAUCCCCGCGAGGCCAUUUUCAUCCCGGACUGCGGGCCAGGGGGCCUUUACAAACCAGUCCAGUGCCACCAGUCUACGGGCUACUGCUGGUGUGUUCUGGUGGACACAGGACGGCCCAUUCCUGGAACCUCCACCAGGUACCAGACGCCGGAGUGUGACGGCGCUGCACGAUCUCGUGUCUCGGACACAGAAGAUCCCUUCCAAGGCCGAGACCUGACAGGCUGCCCAGAGGGGAAGAAAGUGGAAUUCAUUACAAGCUUGUUAGAUGCCCUCACCACAGACAUGGUGCAAGCCAUAAACUCACCAGCCCCCUCUGGUGGCGGGAGGUUUGUUGAGCCUGAUCCCAGUCACACUCUGGAGGAGAGGGUGGUGCACUGGUACUUCGCCCAGCUGGACAACAACGGCAGCCACGACAUCAACAAGAAGGAGCUCAAGCCGUUUAAGAGGUACCUGAAGAAGAAAGCCAAACCCAAGAAAUGCGCCCGCAAGUUCAUCGACUACUGCGACCUGAAUAAGGACAGGGCCAUCUCCCUGCAGGAGCUGAAAGGCUGCCUGGGCGUCAGCAAGGAGGGCAGUUCAACGACAAGUGGCAGCCAAGGGACAAGGCAAGGGACAAAAUUGUUCAUAGGUCGUCUGGUGUGAGAAGAGAAGGAUCUAGAAGCUGAGACGAGAGCAGAGGGCACAGAGGGAAGGCAUCUGUACGCUUGCUGACAGGAAAGAGAAAGAUGGAGCAGAAAAAUUAAAGAAGUUCCUGAGUUUCAAAAAAAAAAAAAGAUGAACAGAAAAAAAACAAGAAAAGAAAAAACGAAGCGGCGCCAAAAUAUUUGCACUUUCUUCUCCCUAUGUUUGACAUUUGUACCUGUUUGUACGUGUUUCUUUUUCGUUUUUUUUUUUUCUCUUGAAGUGACUGAAAAGGUCUAGGUAAGGAUGAGAAUAUAUUUGUAAAAUGACUUCACCACUGGAAGACGUGUACGUUACUACAUUUCCUCUUGUGUUUAAGUCUGCUGUUGUGAUUCGUUCUGUCCUCAGAUAACAGGAACAGGCACUAAAAACACAUUUUGUGGCUAUGAAAUUCAUUUUACAUUCCCCUUGUUACAUAUAGCAACUCACAGGGCAGCGGUAUCACUAAAGACGAGUUCACGGUGGAUGACAUCCGGCCCAAAUGUUGCUCAGUAAAGACAAAACUCGAUAAGGAAGAGCCACAGCAAUAUAGGCCAAUUCAAACGAAUGUCGUGUGUGUGCAUGCUGUAUUAAGUUAAAGGCAUGUAUUAGAAUCAACUGUGACCAUGAAGUCUGAUUUGUCAGCACAGAAUUAGCUGUAUGAAUCCCCUUGCACUGUACAGAACUUUCUAAAGACAUUAACAUAUUGGGUUAGGAAUCAGAUCUUUGUGAGCAACGUGUUUUGUCUGGUUUGUGUUCAGAACAUACCAGUGUUGGGAAAGCUACCUGUAAAAUAAGUCAUUACUUGCUUGCUUGCCAACCAGCGUAGCCGACCCUAACCCUAACCGUCAUGUUCUAGUUUGUAGUUUUCUCAGAUUAUCAGCAUGUUGUCUGCACAACUUUGCCUUGAGGCUUCCAUUGUUUUUUCAGCUUUUUAAUAAGCUUGUGCUAACAAGAAAGUGAAAUUAUAGUUACGAAAAAAAGUUACACAAGUUCUUUUGAAGUCAUGUAUUCUUCCCCCCAAAUACUGGCACAGUACUUACAGUAAACUAACGCAGCUUGACACUGUAGCACCGAGCAGGUAAAACAUGUCUAAAUGCAUGUGGCAGUGUGAACAUAUUAAAGCUACAGUAAUCAGUUUUUGACCACUAGAGGGCAGAAACAAGCAAUUCUGAGCUGUGGCUACUUGUUAGCAUAUUUCCACCAGAAAGAUGUAGCCAACCCAGACCAAUAUGUUGCUAUGUUCACCAGCUGUCUGGUGUUUGGUGCUGAGUAGGUCGCAUAUAGCUUGGUUACAGUGCUGAGACAAUACUAUAUAGUGAAAGUACCCCUGAAAACAAUGACUUAAAGGGGCAAAUUUGUAAGAUAUGGCUAGAGUUUUAGCUUAAUGAGCUAGCAGGGCUAAUUUCUACCAGCAGCUAGUCGCCACAGCUGAAGAUCGCAACAGCAAAGAGUAGUAAGUCCGUUAUAGUUAGCAGUAGUAAGCAGUUACAGUCUGCUGCCCCUUGUAUUUUUGGAGCUUCCAUCCGAGUUCUUGCCAUUUUUAUGCAAAUUACACCUUAAAAAGAAACUUUAAAACAGCUCAGUGGGUAUCAAUCUGAGGGUUUGUCUGUGCCAUUGAUACACCAUGUAAGAAAUAUUGAUUAAUGCAGCUUUAAGUUCAUCCACAAUGAAGGCAAUUAGUUUACACGUAUCUUGUGUCACGCUUUUUUUUUUCUACGUGUAGUUGUAUGUAAGUCAGUGUGCCUAGGAAUAUUACUCUACUAAGUUAAUGUUAGUAUUCAUUUUGUACACAGUCCAACCUGAAAAACAGUUAAAGAGUUCAGUUAUGUUAUUGUUGAACUCCAAACGUUUUCUGAAUAUUUUUUGUGUGUUUGGUGACCAGGUUCAUCGAAGGCUCCUGGCUUCAUUAACAAAUGACAACAUCUGUAAACCUCUGACAAAGACCCCCUGGUGGGGAUUUUAUUUUUCCAAAACAGAUUCCAGUCCAGAGAGGUUUUUUAAAAAAUUAUUUUUUAAGUGGUACCAGGAAAGAAAAAGGUGGCACAGAUGACUAAACCUGACCAGUAAAUGGAGUAAGAUGUUUACAUGGCUCGGUAUCCCGCUAACAUCGGCUCAUUUCAGCUGUCACAUUCACGUUUAUCCCACUUAUUGUAAACACCAUGUGGCAUUUAUAAAUGCUUGUUCCUAAAAUAAAUAUUUGAGUCACCCCA